UGAAACUUUUAGUACGAUUUUUGUCGUCACCGGGUUUAUCACGCGCAUUUCGUCGAGAGCUCCUCGCGACUCGCUCGUUUUCGCGACUUCGCGGCUACUUCAAGUGAACUGGGGCUCCUCCAUUGUUACACGAUUGUUUUCGGCAAAAUUUCGGGUGGACGGUUUUGCGUGCUUAGUUUUCGGUUCGAGGUGAAAUUGUGCAGUAAAUUCGAGUGUUUUGUGCAUGAUUCAAGAAACGGUAGAUUUCAUUCAGUUAUCUAUUGUUCUCAACAGCAAUAUCUUUUUAUCCAGUGAAAAAGUGAAAAUUUUGCUACCGCCCUGAUUCGAUGAAAAGUGUGAUCCGCUAAAUUGUGGUGUGAAUGAUUAAACGAACAAGUGAUAGUGAAACUCAUUCCGUUCGUUUUAUUCACCAGCAGCAAGCAAGCAGAAUCAACGCCAGCCGAGCAGACAGAGAGCAAAGUUGUUGACGGUUCCAUUUCGAGACCAUCUCCGUCUAGCCGCCCCCCGGCAACAGCCCACUGGCCAUGGCCAAAGUGAUAUAUUACGUUGUGAGUCUUUUUGGACUGAUAACCUACACAACAAUUGGAACAGAUGCCAUCCGAGUGUAUUGGAACACAAACACAGGACCAAUAGUGCCACCCACUAGUACACCUGCUCCGGUUCCAAAACCACCUUUCCGAGAUCCGGCACCAGUUUGGGAAGAUCAAUCGGACGAUGUGCCGAACCCGAAUCCAUAUGUAUAUAUCCUUCCGCCACCAUCAAGACCAAAAUAUAACGACAUAACUCUGGAACAGCGCAAGCACAACCGACACGUGAACAACGCUAAGCUCGCAACCAUAACGACAGCUUCGCCAAGCCUAACAUCGACGUCUCAUACUGGUAGAAUUAUUGAGAGACCUGAGCAAAACAAUUCAACUCCCAAACAGGACACAACGUCGCCCCGCAGUCAGCCCUCGACCCAAAACACCGUGACACCGGUUUCGACCAGCUUACAUCCAGUACCAUCGCAUCGAGUUCCUAGUCUAGCCGUUCAGUACAUACCCAAUCAGGGGUUCAAGUACUACGCCGUUGUGCCGUUGGCGCACAACGAGGAACAGUCCAAGAGCGAAUACCUGAAAACCAACGAUGCCAUGCUGGGCAAGUACGACCGGUACGACAAGCCUAACGGAAGGUACAACGCCAAGCUGAAGAAAUACAAAGCCUACGAGAAGAUGAAGUAUGUGCCGUACUAUGCGGGAGAAACUCUCCGGCAAUCAGCUCUCAUCGACCGUACAGGACUCAUUUACCGGCAAUUGCCUGCAUACUACAACUUUGAAGAACGUUAGAUGUUCAACACCACCAUCCACGAUUAGAACCGUACUUCGAUGCCCAGAAACAGCAGUAUGUCUUGUCGAACAUUUCCCCAAAGGCUGUAAAUAAUCAACUGUAGGAGAUGAAGAAAAAAAACGAAGAAAAGUUCGCGGUAGCAUUUACGAGGAGACAAGCAAAAAUCACCCCCCAAAAGGUCGGAGCGUUGCCGGUAGUGAUAUUCUGCGUGUGACUGAAAAUCCGAAGACCGCAGUAUUUCUGUACAACAAAUUCAAAAAUUGUUUAAAUUAUGAGAUAAGUUUUCUUUUCCCAACCUGAUUGGGUGCUUUGAUGAUGCCUUAAUUUUUUCAGUAGAAUUAGAAAUGAUGCUACUAUUUCAUUACGCGAUUCAAAUCAGUAAUUUAGGUGAUAUUCGAUGGAAGCUAUCACGCUGAAAACUAUUGUGAAAAUGUGUAAAUAAAAGUAAUGACAGUACGAAAA